GCAGCCGCUGCUCUCUACCAACAGCAACAACAACAGCAGCAGCAGCAACAUCAACAACAACAACAACAACAACAACAACUACAACAAGGCUCUUCGUCGUCGACCAACAAGAGACGACUAUACGAAACAGAUGGCGCAUCUGUACAACAGCAACCACAACCACAAGCCGGGCCACCGUCAAAACGUAUGCAUCGGCAGCAACAUCACUCGCAGCAGCAGCAACAACAGCAAUCUACUGGUCACCACCACCACAGCCAGCAGCACCAACAACCUUCAUCAACGUCACAAGGGGGUAGCGGAGCCGGUGGAGGGGCUGUAGAUGGAAUGCUGGCAUCAAUCGUGGCACAUCAACAACAGCAGCAACAACAGCGAGGUGGUACAUCAAGUGGAGGACCUUUACAAUUGACCGGCACUGGAAGUGGUGGUAAAUCCAGUAGCUCGGCCGGCCACCACCAAUCACAACAACAGCAGCAUCAGCAACAUAAUCAUUAUAGGACACCGUCAAUGGCUCGGACCGGUAGAAAGCAUGUAAUUUCGUGGACGGACGCUCCGGACGACCUGUAUUAUAGAUGCACCACAUUGUCUAGAUCACUGAGGAAAGCCAGAAUGACAGGUAAGGAACUAAGGCGAUCAGCACGCAAGCCCUGGCAGCCGAUUGCUGCGCUUCUCGGUAUAUCGUUUGCAAUGCCGUCUGCCGCAGCGUCAUCAUUAGCGACACCAUUAGGAUCAACAGGGACCACGGGAUCCCCAGCACCACAAACCGGUAGUACAUCAGGAAAUUCUUCAUCUAUAGGGUCGGCUACACCAUUUGACAUGUCUACCGGUGGUAGUGCCGGUAGUAGCAAUAGACAACCAUCUGCCAUGUCGAAUCAGUCAGCAGCACCGAUAGUAGCACCAUGUAUUAGUGGCGCGCUUUCAAUGUCAUCACGUACCAGUGGUGGCGGUAGUAGUCAUCACUAAGUACCACGGUUUUGUGUGGUCUUAGGUGCUGUUGGCACCUGAACGACAAUUUAGAAUUUCAAUUUUUUUUUUUUCAUCAUCGUACUAUUUUAUUUUUAUACAUUAACAAUAAUCAUAUUAAUUUUAAUCCGAAUCCUUUCUAUAGGUUGAACCUAAAUAUGCUAAAAUUAUUUUUAUUAUUUUUUUUUUUUGUACUAUUAUUAUUAUUUUACUAUUACACACACUAUGAUUAUCGAACUUUAUUAUUAUUGAUUACAUAAUACUUGUAACAUUUUUAAUUAAUUAGGUGAUUUUUAUUUUUAUUUAUUAUUUUUUUGGCUACACUGAGUAUUUAUAUUAUAAUUAAAAUACAUAUGAUUAUUACUUUGAUAUUGACUAUAUAUUGUAAUAAUAAUAAUGAAAAAUAUUGUAGCUUUUAAGGUGAUAUUUUUACAAAUGACAUUAGCAGUCUAGCAGCCAUAGAUUUUAGCUUAAUUAGUAUUUGCGAUUCAAAAGAAAACAACUGUUGUAUAAUUGAUUGUUUUUUAUUGUAACAAAUAAUCUUCUUAUGACUACACGCA